UGGCAAUUUGGCAAUGGAAUGCCAGAGGUGAAAAUUUGAGCUGAGUCUCAGCUGACGUUUGCGCCUCAUCGGGCUGCCACGUGUCACGUUGAAAGAGAGACAGAGUCGACGGACGGAAAAUGGCGGGAAUCGCAACAAAAGCAGCAUCCACGUGGAACGUGCAAAUCGUUGUCGGGAACCGCGGACACGUGGCAUGUAGAUGUCGCUCCACGUCAGCGGCCGAAGUGCGCGUCCCGACGAGGCGGAGACACCUGGACAGAGGCGAUGGCAUCGUGGCUCGGGCGCCUAAGCCUUCAUCGGCAUCUUCGUUGUCGUUGAUUUCCAUGGCAUCACCGAGAGAAGACAGGAAGUCCGACAGAGAUGGUGGAGGUGGUUUUGGGAGAGGCUGGAGGGUGACCAGCCAACGCCAUCGCUACCCUCCAGUGACCGGAGCUCGGAUUGGCUGUGGUGACAAGUGUGCAGCCAUCGAUCGCGAUGGCCGUUCUCUGCAGGGAGGAGGAGUAGGAGUAGGAGGAGGAGGAGGAGGAAGAGGAGGAGGAGGGAGACGAGCAGGAGCAGGAGCAGGUGGUCUUCAUGUGCGCUGGCAUUUUCUGGCGGGAGGGUGCAGAGGGAGGGGGAGAGGUGAUUCGUGCUGCUCCGGAGCGUUGCCACGUGGAACUCCAGUGGCAAUCACCGGCCACGUGGCUUCUCCUCGCUGCUUGAACCAUCAACCAGACGAGGGAUCGAGCCCGUGUAAUGAUAAGCGAUUCGACUCCGCGAGCAGGUUGGUCGGGGACAUCCAAGGGAGGGCCGAGGAAGUUCACAGUACUGUCGAGAGACAGAGGGAGGUGGAGGGUGUGUCUCUUCAAGAGAAAGACAGGAGACCGACGGCAGUGCCGGACACGUGGUGCAGAAGCCGUCUUCCGAGGAAGCUUGUGGUGGCCGUUGCCAGUGCUCUCUUGGUUGCUACACCAACUCCUGAUCUGGUUCUUCUCUGGCUCACAACAGGACACGUGGCAUCCUUCGCUGACAUGUCUGCAAUUGCUGGACCAUUGGAUCGACCCGGUCAGGCUGGGGAUGGUGACCAUGAGCUCGAACUAGCAGGGGUGAUGGCCAUGGGAAUCAAUGGUCAAGAGAUGAUUGCAAAUGGACGAGCAAUACCUGGUAAGGUGCUUCAUAUGUUCCUCAAUCGAUUUGCUGAAAAUCAGAAUGUCAUCAAGAUACACAACCACAAACCGACCAAUCUGCUUGCGGAAGACCUUGUCCAUAAGACUUUGAAAGGUGGUCGGUGCGUUCGUGAGACCGAAGGGCAUUACGGUGAAUUCGUAAAGCCCGUCUCGGGUCUUGAACGCAGUCUUGUGCUGGUCCGCAUGAUCGACUUCAAUCUGGUGGUACCCAGACUUGAGAUCGAUCUUGUAGAAGACCUUGCACCCACCUGUAGCAUCAAGCAAAUCAUCUAUGUGUGGCAAUGGGUAUGCAUUCUUCUUUGUGAUGCAGCUUAGACCACGAUAAUCAAUACACAUACAAAGU